UGUGAUGACGUUUUCGCGGAUAUUUUGGGAUACUUGGAGUACUGGAGGCGACAGCCAGAGUCCGGAGUCACACAAAAACAAGUAGACGAUCUCUUCUCCAACAUCGAGCAGAUAUACGCAUUUAACAAGGAGUUCCUGUCCGAGCUGGAGGCAUGUGGUGUGGACCCCGUGGAAGUGGCUCGCUGCUUCGUGAGGAACAACAACGGGUUCGCGAUUUACACGCAAUACUGCACCAAUUAUCCCAGGACGGUGUCGGUACUGACCGAGCUCAUGCGCGGAGAGGCCUCCGUGCGAGCCUUCCGCGAGCGGCAACUCGCCCUCGGCCACACCCUGCCUCUCGGCUCGUAUCUCCUCAAGCCCGUGCAGCGCAUCCUCAAGUAUCACCUCCUCCUCGGAAACAUCGUCAAGCACUUCGAGAAGGAAUGCAGUGGUUACUCCGAGAUCUGGAACGCCCUCUCGGCCAUGACGGGGAUGGCGCACCACAUCAACGACAUGAAGCGGCGCCACGAGCACGCCGUCAGAGUGCAGGAGAUUCAGUCGCUGCUCUACGGCUGGCAGUUUGAAGAUCUUACUACUUACGGCGAACUGGCAGCGGAGGGAACGUUCAGAAUGUGGGGCGCGAAGGGCCUUCGACAUGUGUUCCUCUUCGACAAAAUGAUCCUUAUCGCCAAGAAGAAGGAGGAAAAUAUUCUUAUGUACAAGACACACAUUCUGUGUUCAAACUUGAUGUUGAUCGAGUCUGUGCCCGGAGAGCCCCUCAGCUUUCACGUGAUUCCGUUCGACAACCCUAGAAUGCAGUACACCCUCGAGGCGCGGAGCUUGGAGCAGAAGAGAGAGUGGACGCUGCAGCUGAAGAGAGUCAUCCUGGAGAAUUACAGUGCCAACAUACCCGCCCACGCCCGGCAGCUGGUCAUGGAACUCGGCCAGAGCAAACCUGACGACGUACUGAUGUCGGAAGUGCGCAGCAGCGGGCGGCGAGCGCACCACGCCCCUGAGUACCUGGAGAAGAGGAAGGUGGACCGGGAACGGCGGAGAUCGUCUGAGGGAGGACUCAACACCAAGCUCAGACUCCGGCGACCCAGCAGAACGAGGAAGGAGAAAGAAGAAAAGGUGACGCGAAGCCGGAGCGUGAGCCGCACCAGAGAUACCGAGGACGAAGAGAUGGACCGGAAGGUGUCAACAACCUCAGCGCCGACGUCGUGUGAGAAGCCCAAGCUGAAGUUGACGAUGUGGGGGCGCCGCCCGCUCAGAGCCCGGCAUCGGCAGCCGGGAGUCGCUCUCGCUGGCCUCCACCAUCAACCUGGACGAGGCGCUGGACACCCCGCCCCCCAGCCUAGGCGAGCAACCGCAGUCCCUCGACGCAGCCACACCCACCGGACCUGCCACUCCCGAGGUCAGUGCUUUCACCGCGUGUCCCUUGACGGAGUUUCCAUGUCCGAGUACGAGCGAGAGGACGGAGAAGGGAACAGGACGGGCAGGGAAUACGAAGAAGGCAGCGAAAACGGAGAAAACCUCGAGGAGAUCAUCAGCCAGCUCCUUCAGAAUAAACUGCAGCUGCAGAAGCUUCUCCUGAGCAAGCAGCGCCGAGGCUUGAUGAGGAAGCUCCCGCUCCGCUACGAGACGUCCGACACGGAGAACGAGGACGGCCCCUUCAAGGCCAAUGGCUCGUACGCAGGUUCGGACGCCGGCGACACGCUCCGGCACGAGGACGUGGGCGACUAUGUGGACUUCUAUUUCAAUGGCAUGGGCAAGGAGGGAGAGUGUGCCACGCACACUGAAAGUGCCAAUGUUUCCAGUAGUGAAUGCCAGUCGAUUUACAGCAGUGCCGUCUCAGUGCACCAAACGUGUGAUAACAAGUCUCUGUCUAGUGAAAAGAAGACGAAGCCAGUGAGGAGAUCGUCGUCCGACCUCAGCUUCAAGAAGAUGCCAACACUCAAGAAAAUGAACUCGAAUUACGACAAUCUGCUCAACAUCUGGAGCACGAUCAGAGGGAAGAGCCCCGAGAAGAGGCAGAGCGGCGCAUUCCAGCAAGCCAAGACCUCACAGACUCCCACGGCGACAUUAGAGAGGCCGAGGUUAAGGCGAGCUCAGUCCUUCUCCGCGGAGAAGUGUCUAUCGAAUAACCACGAAAAUAUUUACGUCUCGGCGGCGCAGCUCACGCCCCAGCCCCACACGGCUCCCGCGGAGACGUCGAAGCCCCCGGAAGUGUGGGUGCGCGACGAGAGCCCACGGGAGAACCGCGAGCGCCCGGUCACCAUCGCCUUCUACAACAGCAACGAGGUGAGCCUAAGCGCGCUCGAGCAGUACCUCAACCAGCCCCGGCCUCCGAGACGGUGCAGCGAGCGGUUCCCCUACGACACCGAGGACAAUAUGACGGAUUACUCCAUGACGCCGCACAUGAGCAUGGACAACAUCCUCAGCAUUCACCCCGAGCACAAGAUUUACAAGUCUACAAAUAAUAAGUCGACCUUAAAGACUGUGUUAAACAAAAUCACGAGUCCCAGAAAUAACAAAACCGUGUCAGAACCUUCAGGCUCUGUCUACAAUUACUCAAUUGAGAGUGAGCUUGAUAAGGGCGUGGAUAAGAGAGCGAGUAAAAUGGUGUACAACAUGGCGAGACAAUGUUCCAAAACCCUGAAGGAACGCAUCAAGCAGAUCCGAGCCGAGGAUAUCGAGAAAGCGCCCGUCCCCAAGUCCCCAACGGAGAACGUGUACGCCCUGCCGAUGUACAAGCAGGGAAGUUCGAGUAUCGGGGCUCGUUUGGCUGGUACGAACGAGCCUUCCGACUAUGCCGUGCCGAGAAUCCGACCUCUUGACCAGAAACCCAAGUCCGAACUCAGACCCGACUCGGUUCUCUCCUCCUCCUCCAUCCUCACAUCUUCCUCGUCCUCCUCCUCGUCUUCCAGUCGUGAUACGAAAUUUUUAGAAGGCAUUGAAGUCUCUAAUAACAUGGCUAAUGUGGAAGAGGAAAAUGAGGAAAACCAAGAAACCCCUUCAUUCGACAGCGACGCCUCAGCCGACAGUUAUUAUGAACGAUCCUUUGAGGCGAUAGAGAACCUGGAGACCGAGAUAUUCCGAGACAGUGCCAUCUACAGCGACCCCGAAGACACGGAAUCACCCCCGAACAGCCUGAAUCAGGAGCGGCCAUCCACUAGUCCCAAGUCCAAGACCCCCAAUUCCAAGAAAUUCUCCCCCAGAUCUUCAACGAAAGUCACGAAAAAGGCUGUGUCCCCCAGCCGCCAUGCCUCCCCCGAGAUCGUGGUGACGCCUGAGGAGUCGUCGGCCGCCGCGGAGGCCGAGUCGACGUCCUCCAGCGGCGUGGCAUCCAUCAGCCCCCGGUCGUCCCCUCAGUCGAAGAAGGUCCCGCCCCCCGUCCCCGCCAAGCCUGACAGCAUAAAGACCAAGCGCCCGUGCGGGAACCUUAUCAUGCAGCAGCUCAAGAACCUGGAGGAGUGCACGAAAUCCAGUCGCGACGACCAAAACAGCAGUCCCUCGUUCGACGGCUUCCGAAGCCUGGACGACCGCCGAAAGGAGCUAGAGGUGUGUCGGUUCAAGGGGGACGACGGAGAAGAGCCCAGCACGUCCCCCAGAGGAACCCCAGAGAGAGAAAACAGUGCGGACAGGAGCUCUCGGUCGCCGAGAUCCCCCUCUCUCAUGACUCCCCCUAUUAUAAAAAAUCCCAUUACUUUAUCUCCCCUUAGUUUACCCGUGACUAGGUCGUCCUCAGUACCACCCAGACUCUCCCCGCGCCCCUCACUCACGCCCGAGUCUCCACUGCCUGCCUCUGUUGGAACGCAAAGUCCAGCAGGGAGUGAGAGGGCGUCACCACUGCCGCCGACGUGCCAAGAUGUGGAGGAGCUGGAUGAACCGCGCGUUGCCAGGGGUUGGGUGCGACAUGUUAUAGGGAAGUUACAAGCGGAAACAGACGUGUGAUAGUGAGAUGUAUGUAUGUAUGUACACACACACACGGACAUACAUGUGUGUGCGUGUAUGCGUAUGUAUGUAUGUAUGUGUGGAACAUGCUAUUUAAUGGCGUAAUAGCUCACAGACAAUAAAGUGCAUUGUGUUAAAACAGUAAAAUACUAUGUUCUGCGACAAAUGAAAACUAAUUUUUGAUCGUGAAAAGUUAUAACCGAUGGACAUCCUUACCAGAGGGUUUGAAUGUUAAAGCUGCAUUUCGAACCAAAAGUUUCCCGAAACCCUUUUGCCCUUCAGUAAGUUCUAUGAACUUAUAUUCAAAAUAGAUGAGCUUGCCAUUGCAUUAUCCAGUGAAGACGAACGUGGAGAAAAGGCAUUGACUUUGCUGCACAAUUGGUUUUUUCAUACAAACUAGUCAAAGACAAUCUCUUUACGGCAUAGUGUUAAAUAAAUCAAGGUCAAAAACUUUCGAAAUCCUGCAUUUAUUACUCUUCAAGUUUAAACUCAUUUUUUACCUUAUCAUUAAUACCUUUCGGCUUUAUUAUACUUUGUUAUUGUUUCUUUCCAUUUUACUAGAAGUUUUUGACCUAUAUGUAUUAUUUUUGUUGGUGCUUUAAAUAUGCAUUAUUGAAUUAUUAAUUGAGAUUUGCUUUCAUUUCUAGUUCCAUGUGAUGGCUUUCCCCCAUAAUUGAAUGCUAUUAAUUUUAACUAAAGAUUCUAUGUUUUAAUCCUCACCUUCUCUUAUGCUCUGUCACUCAGUGAUUGUGUACAGUGUCACGAUUGCGGGAAGCGGUGGGAAUCCUUAUUGAUCCUAAGGCUCAAAAUCCAGUUUUUUUUGUUCAGUCUUAGCACCCAUAAGAUUAUCACCGUUGUCCUAGCGGGAGUGAACUCUAUAUGAUUGUUUUCUUUUGGUACAUUAUUAUACGGGAACUUUUUAUUACAUUUGGAUGUUAAUGUAAGGAUCCUUUUUGUGCUUUUAUAAAGCAAAGAACCUAUGUACAGUUUAUACAUACUAUAAUGUUCUAAUAAAAAAUACAAUACGAA